AUGGAUCCUUUGUUUUCUGACAAGGCUCAAGCCCCUUCCACUACAUUGAUAUCGCCUCAAAUCUAUCGGGGACUCAAUGAUAAGCUCUAUGAGAAACGGAAAUCGGCUGCUCUCGAUGUAGAGAGGCUCGUUCGUGAUUAUCUGGCUACCAACGAUCACGCCCGAAUACGAUCUCUAAUACGCUUGUUGAUUCAAGACUUCGCUUACUCGCCAAUCCCAAACUCCAGGAAUGGAGGUUUGAUUGCUCUGGCUGCCAUUGGUAUUGCUCUAGGACCUGAAUGGGUCGUACAAUAUUUAGACUUUAUAGUGCCUCCAAUUCUCAAUUGCACGACAGAUCAGGACUCUCGAGUGAGAUAUUACGCUUGUGAGAGCAUGUAUAAUGUCGCAAAAAUGGCUAGAGGAGAGGUUCUCAAGUAUUUCAAUGAACUUUUUGAUGCCUUGAGCAAGCUCUCUGCGGAUUCUGAAGUGUCUGUCAAGAAUGGAGCUGAGCUUCUAGAUCGUCUGCUUAAGGACAUUGUCUGUGAGCAAGCAGUCUAUUAUCAUCCUAUACAAGCUCAAAUUGCAGCCAUAGCAGCAGCUUCAUCAAUACCAAGCAAACCUCCAGCUUCCCCUCAUCAACCACCAUCACGUCCGUCGCCUUCAAAUGUCCCAGAGUCAGUUCUACCAUCAGAGAGAAUGACAGUCCCCGCCGUGCCUGGAAGUUCACCACAAUUACCAGGCACAAAAGCAAGCGAAUUUAAUCUCCCUAGAUUUAUACCAUUACUAGUAGAACGAAUCAAGACUCUAAAUCCAUUCUCGAGAAUGUUUCUCGUGCAAUGGAUUGGUGUCUUGGAUUCUGUACCGGAUUUAGAAUUGAUUGCAUACCUACCAGAAUUCUUGGACGGAUUAUUUGGAUAUCUUAGCGAUCCCAAUCCCGAUAUACGAUCAGCCACUCUCAAUGUUUUAGGUGAAUUUUUAAAAGAAAUACGAGACGUGGUCGAAGUACAACGAGACUAUGGUGUAGUGCAUUUCAGAGGGAAGGAUGGCGUCACGUUUGCUAAUGGUGGUACGAUAGUGACUUCAUCGACUACAAGUGAGAGCACCAAUGUGUUGUCACCUUCACAACAUGAUGUAAAGCAAUCUCCUUCAGAUGGGACGCUAAUGAGUCCACCUGUUGUGAUGGUGUCGGCUACAUCGACUAAUACCACAGCAGACGGCCACUUUUUUAUUGAUCCUACUCGUGACGGUAGUUUGCCCUAUAGACUAGGGCAGUCGGUCAUACUCGACUUUGGUCGGAUGGUGGAUAUUCUACAGCCAUAUCUGUCUUCUAAUGACGAAUCAACACACGCUACUGCUUUACUAUGGAUGUCAGAAUUCAUAGUAUUGGCUCGAGAGCUGAUGCUACCGUAUACCCCAACAUUACUCUCCACGAUUCUCAAAUCAUUACCCAACUCUUCACCAACCAUUCGUAGCAUAUCAGUAGAAGCAAAUGCAAAUUUAUACCGCCUUGUCAUCAACCAUACGAAAUCUCAACCUACAGGGGCCCCUAAAGAGCCCGGAAUACCAUACUCGUUACCAUAUGAAGCAGCUCCAUCAACUACAUCACAGCCAAUUGACCGUUCAAAGUCACCUGAACUCGUUGACCGAAGUGUUACGUCUCUUUCGCCUACUCCAAGAGUGGAAGGUGAUGAUUCAGUAGAAGGUGUUGCUGUAUCGAAACUGAAUCAAAUGGACUUUGAGGCUACGGUGCAUCAAUUGACUGCUCAGCUCUCUGAUGAACACGAUGAAACAAGAAUAGCUACUAUAGAUUGGUUGCUCAUGUUGCAUCGAAAGGCACCACUUAGAGUAUUGGCACCUUGUGACGAGACAUUCACCAUUCUCUUUCGUGCUCUGUCGGAUCGCUCUGAAGAGGUUGUCAAACGUGAUUUGUCCCUCAUUGCUCAGAUAUCAAUGCACUUGGAUGAUGCAUCCUUAUCGAAACUCCUGAGUAAUCUAUUGUCUCUCUUUUCAUCGGAUCGAAGACUUCUAGAACAGCGCGGUGCACUCAUAACUAGGCAUUUGUGUUUGACACUGCAUCCAGAGAGAAUUUUCAGGCUUUAUGCCGAGAUUCUUGAAAGAGAAGAGGAUCUGGAUUUCGCAUCGACGAUGGUGCAAAGCCUCAACAUUAUCUUGAUAACGGCGCCCGAGUUGAUUGAUUUACGAAGGCGGCUGAAGAAUCUGGAUCACAAGGAUGGCUCUGCCUUAUUCACAGCGUUAUAUCGCUCAUGGGCACACAAUGCCGUAGCUACGUUUGCAUUGUGUCUCCUGUCUGGCUGCUACGAUCACGCAUAUACCCUCAUAUCAUCAUUCGCAGACCUCGAAAUCACCGUCACCUUACUAGUACAGAUAGACCGACUCGUCCAGCUUCUUGAAUCACCAGUUUUCACUGGUCUACGAUUACAACUACUUGAACCAGACAAGCAUCCAGCACUGUACAAGUGCUUGUAUGGUAUCUUAAUGUUGUUACCACAAAGCUCUGCAUUUCAUACAUUGAGGAAACGAUUGAAUAGUAUGAGUGGAUUGAUGACAAUGUAUGGACCUGGUGCAGCCACUAGUAUUGCUGCAAAAAGUCCUCUGCUUCCAGCAAGGCCCAAAUCUAGUGAUGUCUCACCACGAUGGAAUGAUUUGAUGGCGUAUUUUGUACAAGUGCAAACACAGCACGAAAAAGCGAGACGAACUGGUGUACGAUCAACAUCGCAAGAAAAGUCUCGUAGAAGUGGGAAUAGGAGUAUGGAUGAUGUUGGCACUAUGGACCAAGUCGACUCUACUCCAGCCAAACCGUCAAGUCGAGAAAGACCAUCAAAACCUGCUACAGGCGAUUCCGGUAUCCGGUCUAGUGCAGGCACAUCGUCGUCGUUCUCGUCGGCAAGGAAGCUCCCACUGCCAACUACUCGUACAGGCACCGUAAUCAUGGCAACUCAGACCGUCCUCCUACUAAAACAAGCACCCGCACCUCCCAAAGGCCAGUUAAAAUAUGAUCGAUUGGAGGUCUCUAAAAUCCCAAUUCCUGUACCAAAAUCGAAUGAGGUGCUUUUGAAAAUCAGCGCUGCAGCGCUGAACCAUCGUGAUGUUUUUAUUCGACAAGGGCUGUACCCGGGUGUGAAGUACGACUCUGUAUUGGGAAGUGAUGGUGUCGGGACCGUCGUAUCAUCUCCAUCGGAUGCAAGCUUGGUUGGUAAACGAGUAGUGCUAAAUCCAAGUCAAAACUGGGCAUCGGAUCCUCGCGCUCCUGAAAAUCCAGCUGCAUAUGGAAUGCUGGGAUUGCUGCCUUUCGCUGGUACUUUGGGAGAAUACAUGGUCAUUGAUAAACGAUAUGUGCAUAUCUGUCCUGCACAUUUGACGGAUCCUGAGGCUGCUGCUUUACCAUUGGCUGCAUUAACAGCAUUCAGAGCUACAUUCACCAAAGCUCAAGUCAAGGCCGGACAAAACGUGCUAGUUACUGGUGCCGGUGGAGGAGUGGCAUUAUAUAUUAUGCAGUUUUGUCUUAGUGCUGGUGCUCGAGUCGUAGUAACAUCGUCAGAUGACACGAAGAUUGAAAAGGCAGUGAAAUUAGGAGCUGCUGGUGGUGUCAACUACAAAAAGAAGGACUGGAUUGCUGAAUUGACCAAGCUUUCAGGCAAAGGCUUUGACUGUGUCAUUGACGGUGCAGGUGGAUCUGACAAUUACAAGGCCUUUGUUCGUGUUUUGAAAGCUGGAGGAAUAAUCGCAGCGUACGGCGCCACCGCCGAAUCAGCCGCCAACCUCAUCAUCCCUCAAAUCUUCCUCAAACACAUCGAACUCAAGGGCAGCACCAUGGGCAACGAAGUCGAAUUCGCAGAUAUGAUCAAAUUCGUAUCAAAGCAUCAGAUCCAUCCCAUUGUUUCUGGAGUUUUCUCGUUUGAGGAGGCUGAGAAAGCCUUUGACGAAAUGAAGAAGGGAGCUCAGUUUGGUAAAUUGGUGGUUCAAAUCUCGUCCAAAAUGUAG